ACUGACCGCUCCCCGUCUCCUCCCCAUCCCCACCAUACGCCUGCUUCGCGUUGGCGUCGUAUGCACUCUUUGCAGGCUUCCCCGCACCCUGGACCGAGUUAAGUCAGUGCAAAGCCGGGAGCGCCGGGGGAAAUAAGUGUCCACUCUUCGUCUGGUACCAUGGCUGAGUACGGCUACACGCAGUAUUCGCCCAGGUUCUGGUCGCCCCGGAUGCACGAGAAGCUGAUCGUGGAGAAGCACAUCGAGAUCACGUCUACGGAGAGUGACCGGGUGCGCGCGACCGUCCCGCACCGCUGCCUGCGCUACGGGGAGGGCCCGCGGGAGACCCUGGACGAGUUCGGCGGCGACUCUCUACCCAACGAUGCUCCGAUAUUUGUCUACAUCCACGGCGGGUACUGGCAGCACCUCAACAAGGACAUAUCCUGCUACCCCGCGGGGCCGUUGGUCAAGGCGGGGAUACGAGUCGUGGUCGUCGGCUACGACCUCGCACCCGACGCCGACAUGAAGCGGAUCGUGGAGGAGACGAAGCGCGCCGGCAGCUACAUCAUGGACCUCGCUGAGAAGCUGGGCUCCAGUGGAGUUUGGUUUAGCGGCUUCUCCGCGGGGGGCCACCUCUCUGGGAUCCUCUUCGCGUCGGAUUGGAUGGAGUCGCUGACCCUGCGCCAAGUCCAGCUCGUGCGCGGCUUCCUACCCAUCAGCGGGGUGUUCGACCUCAAGCCCAUCGCGCACACGUACAUCAACGGGCCUCUCAAGAUGGACGAGGAGGAAGCAGACAAGCACAGUCCAAUGAGUAUGAAUGUAAGAUAUCGUGAUGUUAAGAUUCUGGCAAUCUUUGGACAGCAUGAUUCCCCAUCAUUUCAAGCACAGUCAAAAGAUUUCAUAGAGAAACUGUGCAAAGAAAAAUUUGAAGCCAGCUGGUUUGAAGUUCCAGAGAUGGAUCAUUUCAACCUAGUUGAAAACCUGUGUAAUUCUGAGUACAUUCUUACGAGAAAACUGAUCAGUAUUAUAAAGACAAACAAACUAAAAGAAGUUUGAGAUUAUUUGUUGGGACUUCAAUUUUUUGAAUUAUAUUUUCCAUUACUAAUUAACAUGAUGUCAUCUCCAUAACAAAUUAGUAAUUAAAAAAUGAGUGAAAGUUU